AGACGACAGACAUAUAAAAAUGGAAAUGUUGGAAUCCUACGACUCGAUUUUCACACCUUGUAUGCUCUUUUUCAUUAGUGGACAUGAAAUGUAACUCAGUGACUUGUCUUGUUUUCUUGAUCGUGCUCUGGUGAUGUAUCUGGAGUGGAAGCGUGCGCUAUGACGGCUGCUCCGGGAUGAGCGCGCACUGCUGGAGCGCGAUGGAAUGCGUUACGACUCGCAGGCGGACAGAGUCUUCACAAUGUAACACGCACUUUUUAGGAUAAAUUGCACACAUGUCGGGACUAGACUCGAGUAAUUAAAAUCAGUCUGUGCGCAGAGAGGAGAGGAGAGGAUGCGCGCAACAUGGCAGGGCUAAACGACACGGCGGAGCACAAUGGAACUGCGGAGUGGCCGCACAGUGGAGCGGCUGCGGCUUUUAUCAUCUUCGUGGCGUCUCUUCUUAUACUUGUCACUAUUGUCGGGAACGCUCUGGUCAUUGUAGCUGUGCUGACGAGCCAUGCGUUGCGUGCGCCACAAAAUCUGUUUCUGGUGUCACUGGCGUCCGCGGACAUCCUCGUAGCGGCUUUGGUGAUCCCAUUCUCGCUCGCCAAUGAAGUGAUGGGAUAUUGGCGAUUCGGGAGCGCAUGGUGCGCGCUCUACCUGGCGCUGGACGUGCUCUUUUGCACUUCAUCCAUCGUGCACUUGUGCGCUAUCAGCCUGGAUAGAUACUGGUCUGUGACUAAAGCUGUGAGCUAUAACGCAAAGCGCACUCCGACGCGCAUUAAAGCCACGAUCGCGGUGGUGUGGGCAAUUUCUGCGGUCAUUUCGUUCCCUCCUCUGGUGAUGACCGAACAUAAUGAAAGAGAAUGUCUGAUCAAUGAUGAGCCGUGGUAUAUUCUGUCCUCAGCUCUUGUGUCAUUCUUUGCGCCUGCGUUUAUCAUGAUCGCGGUGUACCGCAAGAUCUACCGGGUGGCCAAGCAGCGCGCUUCUGCAGUUUUCGCCGCGAAAAAUGGAAACGCGCGGCCGCGCAUCUCGCCAUCUGAGCCGUGCCUGGCGCGCAACGCCAAACCGGACGCGGAGAGCCCGAGCAGCCUGAGCUCCGGCAGCAACCAGCAGCACAAACUGCGGCGUAACGAGGAUGACGACGACGAUGAAGAGGAGCUGGACGAUAUCGAUUUAGAGGAGAGCUGUGCUUGGGAAGGUGAGUCAAAACCACCGCGAUUUACUAAGCGUGGGAAAAAAGAUACCCGGACUGAGAGCAACUGCUGCCGCUCGUCUCCAUGGGCAUCCAAACCGCGCACAUCCCGCAUCUCCCGCCCGCUAACAACUGCCAGACCGAGUGCGCGAAAAACCCGAGCAGCACAGCUUCGGGAAAGACGUUUCACAUUCGUACUGGCUGUAGUAAUGGGGGUGUUUGUUCUCUGCUGGUUCCCAUUCUUUUUCACCUACAGUUUGCAGGCGGUGUGCGGGGAACGGUGCGGCGCUCCUGAGGGACUCUUCAAGCUCUUUUUCUGGAUCGGAUACUGUAACAGCUCCGUGAACCCAAUCAUUUACACCAUUUUUAACCGGGACUUCCGAAAGGCUUUUAAGAAAAUCUUGUGCGCAUCUGCACCCCAACGCACCUAAAAUCCUCUAGAACUUUUAACUGAAGUUUAUUUAAAUCCAGGGUUGCCAGAUUGGAAGUUUAAUUAAAACAAGUGUUUACAGAUUGGAAUAUACUGUAUGUUUCAUUACAAUUCAGGGUAAAAUCGUUUACACUAAACCAGCGCAAACUGCAAAUAAAACU